UUUGUUACAUUUUGGGUGACUUGUUAAAUGGAGGUUACGGAAGGAAAGGUUUAAUUCCUGGAUGAUGAUGAGGUCACAUUGUUGUUCUUUAUCACCCUCUCGUCCCUCAAGUUGUGUAUUCUUAUCACGUCAGUCUAUUGGAUAGGUAACUGGUCCCGUAUUAUUGGAGGGCGUCAAAAGCGUACUGAUACCACCAACACCGGCACGCGGGACGGGCCACUGCCACGGAACACGUACAAAGAAAAGUUUCUUUGGGUGGCCAUGGCGAGGGAUAAGUUCGAAUUUCAUGACCCCGGCACAAUUGGUUCCUCUGAGAGUUUUCUGUUCAACGGAUCGAGGAAAUCGAAAGGAUGCCACGUCAGUGUCGUUUCUGGGAUUAUUCUGGUGUUUCUGGCCAUUGCCAUCACGGUAGGGGUUGGGUUGAUAGUGCAUUUCGCUGGCGAUAGAGUAGUGUGUAACUGUGGCACAGGAACUGACGGAAAUGGAGGGGAUAAUGACAGACAAAUAGGAGUAACAUCGAAAACGUCACCGCCCCCUAUUACAGAAACAACGUUAGAUCCAGAUACGAAGCAAUGUAUCGCAAACUGUGAAGCUGGUAUCUUUCCAACAUGCAGUCCUGGAACAACAAUGGCCAACCCUGGUGCAACAACACCGAAGACUCCAGAAAAAGUAACAGAUGUGCGGUUACCUACUGGUCUUAUUCCUGUGCACUACAAGUUAAAACUGCAGCCAGAUAUGUAUGGGGACAAUCCAGAAAAUUUCCUUUUCAGUGGAGCAGUAGAAAUUUUCAUCCAUUGCCAAGUUAGCACAAACAAUAUCACCCUUCAUAUUAAUAAGCUGACCAUCAAGAAUUCAUCCCUUGCUUUAGUGGAACAAAACGGUAACAGAGUUGUGGAUUACAGUCACUACAAGGUGGAUGAAGCAAGGCAGUUCUUUAUUUUACACCUUCGCUCAAGCCUUUCAGCAGGGAUGAAUUAUACACUGAACAUGGAGUUUGAGGGUCCUCUUAAACCAGAUUUAAAAGGCCUAUAUCUCAGCCAAUACAAACGUGGAAAUAACUCUGUCUAUAUAGCUACAACCCAAAUGCAGGCUACAGAUGCAAGGAAAGCUUUCCCCUGCUUUGAUGAACCUGCAUUUAAAGCUGUCUUUGAAGUGACUUUGGUCAGGAAAGGCCAUAUGAAAUCUUUGUCUAAUAUGCCUCAAACAAAAACUGAGCUGAAUGCUGAUGGCUGGUAUGAAGACCAUUAUGAGCCCACAGUUAAAAUGUCCACAUACCUACUUGCAUUUGUCGUCUGUGAUUUUGUAUCUGUAGAAAAAAAUACAACCAAAGGAACAGUGGUGAAAGUUUGGUCAAGACCAGAGGCAAUUAAUCAAACACAGUAUGCCCUUGAGGCAGGAGUUGCCAUUCUGGAGUAUUUUGAAGCUUAUUAUGAUGUACCUUAUCCUUUGCCAAAGCAAGACAUGAUAGCCAUCCCAGACUUUGCUGCUGGAGCCAUGGAAAAUUGGGGUCUGAUUACUUACAGGGAGACAGCUCUGCUUUAUGACCCUGCUGUGUCCUCAUUAGGCAACAAGCAGUCUGUGGCCAUCAUUGUGUCUCAUGAGCUAGCACAUCAGUGGUUUGGUAACCUUGUGUCUCCACUGUGGUGGGAUGACCUUUGGCUUAAUGAAGGAUUUGCAAGCUAUGUGGAAUACCUGGGGGUGGAUAACUUUGCAAAAGAAUUUAAACUGGGGUUGAGAUUCCCAUCAAUAGACAUUCAAGGAGUAUUCAGACCUGAUGGUUUGGCAAGUUCCCAUCCCAUCUAUGUCCCAGUGGGCCAUCCAGAUGAGAUCAUUGAGAUAUUUGACUCUAUCUCUUACAACAAGGGAGCAUCCAUUAUCCGCAUGAUGAGCUACUUUCUUACUGAGGAUACAUUUAGGAAAGGACUUACGAGUUAUCUUCGCAAGCAUGCGUAUGAUGUAGCCACCCAUGAUGAUCUUUGGACUUCACUGUCUCAGGAGGCUACAGGCAUUGAUGUCAAACAGGUGAUGGACACAUGGACACUACAGAUGGGCUACCCUGUGGUCAAGAUAGACCUGGACAACACCACCCCGACUGGUGCUGUACGUGUGACCCAGAAACACUUCCUGAUUGACCCCUCUGUGGAGCCCAGUCCUAAGUACCCAAGUCCAUAUAAUUAUAAAUGGGAGAUUCCUCUGACAUUGACUACCUCCAAGCAACCAAGGUGGGAGGGGAAUAGAAUCAAGUGGAUGUCACAAACAGAUAUAACUCUUGACAAAAGCACUGACCUUGACAACAUUGGCAACAGUGAUUGGGUGGUGGCCAACAUCCAACAGUAUGGCUACUACAGGGUCAACUAUAAUAAGAAGAACUGGGAGAAUAUUAUAAGGCAAUUAAGCACUGACCACAAUAUGAUACAUGUUAUAAACAGGGCUCAACUUAUUGAUGAUGCUUUCAACAUCGCCAGAUCUGGUUCAGACCCAGAUGUAGAUGUCAUACUGGCAAUGAGGACCACCAAGCAUUUAGACAAGGACUUUGAAUACAUGCCCUGGAGAGCUGCGCUCAACAAUAUUGGUUAUAUACACACCAUGUUGAGCAGAACAUCACACUUUGGAAAUUUCAAGGCUUAUAUGCUUGGUCUGAUUCUUCCAUUGUACAAUAGACAUGGAUGGGCAACUAUUGAUGACCCUGUGGAGAGCUUCAGCAGAACCAGUGCGAUAGGCCAUGCCUGUGCCUAUGGACAUCAGCAUUGUCUGGAUGAAGCCACUAAGCUUUUCAGGCAGUGGAUGAACACACCCAACCCAGAUGCAAAUAAUCCGAUCAAGGUUGACCUGAAAAGUUUGGUGUACUGCUAUGCCAUCAAAAAUGGAGGGCAGGCUGAAUGGGACUGGGCCUAUGAGAGAUAUAAGAAAGCCAAUGUCGCUGCAGAGAAAUCUAAGCUGAUAGUAGCCUUGACCUGCUCUAAUGAACCUUGGAUAUUGAAUAGAUAUCUGGAGUAUUCAAUGGACAGGAAAGAGGUGCGUCAGCAAGAUGCAGUUUCAGUGAUGGCCAACAUUGCAGGGAAUUCUAUUGGAAAAUCAAUGGCCUGGAAUUUCUUCAGGGCAAACUGGGACAAGAUAUUUGCUGAAUAUGGUAGUGGGCCAUUUGACUUCAGUACAUUAAUAUCAAGUGUGACUAGCUGGUUCAACACUGAAUUUGAAUUAGAGCAGCUUCAAGCUCUGAUGUCUAGUAAAGGGAAUCUGGGAUCUGGUCAGCGUGCCUUUGAACAAGCUGUGGAGAAGACAUGGGCAAAUAUCAAGUGGAUGCAGGCCAAUGAACAGAAACUGGGAGAUUGGCUGAAAAGUGGAGGAAUAACUCCGGACCCUGGAACUUCAAAUGAUGUCCGUCUGCCUUCUACCUUACAUCCAGUGUACUAUAAACUAGAUCUAAAACCUGAUAUUUAUGGAAAUGACCCAGAACACUUCAACUUUUCUGGAUCAGUAGAAAUCACCAUUUUCUGCAAUGAAAGCACACUACAAAUAAAACUUCACAGCAAUAAGCUGACCAUCCCUGAAAAUGAUGUGAAAUUAAUGGAUGAAAACGGAGUCCGAUUAGAUAUAUCAAACACCGAAAUGGACACUGAAAAUCAGUUUUUCAUUCUAAAUCUGCCACAUGUUCUUGAAAAAGGAAAAAAUUACACAUUAAAGAUGAAGUUUGAAGGACCAUUAAAGGAUGACCUGACUGGACUUUACAGAAGUCAGUAUUUCAGUACUGCAAAGAAUAAGACAGUCCACAUUGCCACCACCCAGAUGCAGCCUACAGAUGCCAGAAAAGCUUUCCCCUGCUUUGAUGAACCUGCAUUUAGAGCUGUCUUUGAAGUGACUCUGUGGAGAAAAGACCCCAUGAAAUCCUUGUCCAACAUGCCUAUCAGAAAUACUACGACUCAAUCAGGUGGAUGGAUUGCAGAUCAUUACCUCCCCACCCUUAAAAUGUCCACAUACCUCCUGGCUUUCAUUAUAUGUGAUUUUGACUAUGUCGAAAAUACCACAUCCAGAAACACAAUAGUCAGAGUCUGGGCCAGACCUGAAGCUAAGGACCAGGCAUACUAUGCACUGGAUGCUGGAGUACGCAUACUGGAGUACUUUGAAGGCUAUUACAACAUUACAUUCCCUCUACCAAAGCAAGACAUGAUAGCUAUCCCAGACUUUGCUGCUGGAGCCAUGGAAAACUGGGGUCUGAUCACUUACAGGGAGACGGCUGUUUUGUAUGAUCCUAAAGUGUCGUCUGCUGGCAACAAGCAGUGGGUCGCAGUGGUAGUGUCACAUGAACUGGCCCAUCAGUGGUUUGGCAACCUGGUAACUCCACUGUGGUGGGAUGACCUGUGGCUUAAUGAAGGGUUUGCCAGCUAUGUAGAGUACCUGGGAGUGGACUUCAUAGAACCAACUUUCAAGAUGAUGGAGCAAUUUCUUACCGAGGCCUUGCACGAUGUGUUUGGUUAUGAUGGCCUGGCCAACUCUCACCCCAUCUAUGUUCCUGUGGGACAUCCUGAUGAGAUCAAUGAGAUAUUUGACACAAUAUCAUACAGCAAGGGUGCCUCUAUUAUAAGGAUGAUGAGUCACUUCUUGACAGAAGAUCUAUUCAGGAGAGGACUCACACACUACCUUAAUAGACAUGCCUAUGAUGUUGCCACACAUGAUGACCUGUGGAAUGCCCUCACUGAGCAAACCCAAAAAGAAGGAGAACUCAUGGAUGUAAAGACAAUAAUGGACACUUGGACACUCCAGAUGGGUUACCCAGUGGUCAAGAUAAACAGGGACUACAGUGGACACUCAGCUACUGUGACACAGUCUCAUUUUCUCAUAGAUCCAACUGUAGAACCAAACCCUAAAUAUCCUUCACCUUUCAACUACAAGUGGGAGGUGCCCCUAACCUUUACAACUUCUGUAAACCCACAGUGGGGUGGAACUGAUAUCAGGUGGAUGCAUAAAAAUGAUGCAAACUUUAUGCUCAAUACAACUGACUUGAAUAAUGUUGGAGAUGAUGGUUGGGUGAUUGGCAAUCUUCAGCAGUAUGGCUACUACAGGGUCAACUAUGACAGGAAGAAUUGGGACAACAUUCUCAGUCAACUCCAAGAUGAUCACACGAAAAUAAAUGUGAAGAACAGAGCUCAGAUCAUUGAUGAUGUCUUCAACAUAGGAAGUUCUGGCAUGGACAGUGAUGUGGAUAUAGUGCUGGCCAUGGAGACCACCAAGUACCUAGUCAAGGAGGUGGACUAUAUACCAUGGGAGACUGCCCUGAUAAGCAUGGGACAGACUGACCGCAUGCUGAGCAAAACAGGACUUUAUGGCAAUUACCAGAAAUACAUGUUAGGCCAGAUAUUACCUCUGUACAACAAAGUUGGUUGGGAGGAUACUGGAGAUCAUAUUGAACAGUACAACCGUAUAAAUGCCCUGUCAAAAGCCUGUGACUAUGGACACCAGCCAUGUAGAGACAAGGCUAGUGAGAUGUUCACUGCUUGGAUGCGUUCUGCUAAUCCAGAUAUGAACAACCCAAUUGCCCCUAACCUCAAGUCUCUGGUGUACUGCAAUGCUAUAAAAAAUGGAGGCAGUGCUGAAUGGAAUUUUGCCUAUGAGAGAUACAAGAAGGCCAAUGUAGCCUCCGAACAAUCAAAGCUGCUAUAUGGACUGUCUUGUAGCACUGAAACCUGGAUUUUGAGCAGAUAUCUAGAUUAUGCCUUGACUCCAACUGAGGUACGAAAACAAGAUGCCACAUCAGUAAUACGCUAUGUUGCAAGGAAUCCAAUAGGUAGAUGUCUUGCCUGGGACUUCAUAAGAGAGAAAUGGACAUAUAUUAUUGGAGAUUAUGGCAGUGGCUGGUCCUUCUCUGGCCUGAUAGACAGCAUCACUGGUAGCUUUAAUACACAAUUUGAACUGGAUCAGCUGAAUGCAUUUAUCUCCAGCCAUGACAAUCUGGGAUCAGGUCAGCGUGCCUUUGAACAAGCUGUGGAGAAGACACAAGCAAAUAUCAAGUGGAUGCAGGCCAAUGAAAAGAAACUGGGAGAAUGGCUGGCAGCAAAUGUAGACCCCACAGAUACAAUAACCAAGCCCUCUGAUGUCCGCCUACCCACCACCAUGUUACCUAACUACUACAAGUUGUGGCUACGACCUGACAUCUAUGGCAGUGACCCUGAGACCUUCACCUUUGAUGGUGUGGUGGAGAUAACCAUGCUUUGUAAUGAAACCACCAAAGUCAUCAAACUUCACACUAAUAAACUAACCAUCAAUAGUGUGGAGUUGAUGGAAACGGCUAACAAUGCUAGUGUGGGUGGAAUUACAAGAAGUGAAGACAAAUCAAGACAGUUUUUGGUGAUUAAUGCACCAGAAAAUUUUGUGGUUGGGAAAAACUACACUCUAAAGAUAAACUUCACUGGGCCUUUGAAAGAUGACUUAGCAGGACUGUACAGGAGUCAAUAUUUCAGCUCCACCAGAAAUGAGACUAUCCACAUUGCCACCACCCAGAUGCAGCCCACAGAUGCCAGAAAAGCUUUCCCCUGCUUUGAUGAACCUGCAUUUAAAGCUGUCUUUGAAGUGACAUUGUGGAGAAAAGAACCCAUGAUUUCCCUGUCCAAUAUGCCUAUCAGAAGUACUACAACACAAGAUGACUGGAAGCUGGACCACUACUUCCCCACUGUGAAGAUGCCUACCUACCUGCUGGCCUUCAUUAUCUGUGAUUUUGUUUAUGUUGAGAGAAACACAACAAGGAACACAGCUGUCAGAGUUUGGGCACGACCAGAAGCCAAGGACCAGACAACUUAUGCUCUAGAUGCUGGGGUUGAAAUACUUGAGUACUUUGAAGAAUACUAUAACAUAAAUUUCCCUCUUCCAAAACAAGACAUGAUAGCUAUCCCAGACUUUGCUGCUGGAGCCAUGGAAAACUGGGGUCUGAUUACUUACAGGGAGACAGCUCUUCUCUAUGAUCCUAAAGUGUCGUCUGCUAGUAAUAAACAGAGAGUGGCAGUGGUUGUGUCACAUGAACUGGCCCAUCAGUGGUUUGGUAACCUUGUGUCUCCACUGUGGUGGGAUGACCUUUGGCUUAAUGAAGGAUUUGCCAGCUAUGUGGAAUACUUGGGGGUGGACUUCUUUGAAUUAACAUGGAAAAUGAUGGAACAGUUUUUAGUUGAAGAUCUUGAGGAUGUGUUCAAAUUGGACGGCCUGGCCAACUCUCACCCCAUCUAUGUUCCUGUGGGACAUCCUGAUGAGAUCAAUGAGAUAUUUGACAGGAUCUCUUAUGCUAAGGGAGCAUCAAUUAUACGCAUGAUGAACAACUUUUUGACUGAGGAAGUGUUUAAAAAAGGCCUUACCCGUUACCUUAACAGGCAUGCCUAUGAUGUUGCCACACAUGAUGAUUUAUGGGCUGCCCUCAGUGAGCAAACCCGAGAAGAUGGACACUCGGUGGAUGUGAAGACAAUAAUGGACACUUGGACACUCCAGAUGGGUUACCCAGUGGUCAAGAUAAACAGAACCUACAGUGAACAACCAUCAACUGUAUCACAGUCUCAUUUUCUCAUAGAUCCAACUGUAGAACCAAAUCCUAAAUAUCCUUCACCUUUUAAUUACAAAUGGGAGAUACCUUUAACUCUCACCACAAGUAAUUCUCCAAUGUGGAAUGGCACCAUAAGAUGGAUGAAUAAAAAUGACAUUAGUCUUAAUACAACUGACUUGAAUAAUGUUGGAGAUGAUGGUUGGGUGAUUGGCAAUCUUCAGCAGUAUGGCUACUACAGGGUCAACUAUGACAGGAAGAAUUGGGAAAACAUUCUCAAUCAACUGAACACUAAUCACAGGAUGAUCCAUGUGAAAAACAGAGCUCAAAUUAUAGAUGAUGCCUUCAACAUAGCAAAUUCUGGCAUUGAUCCAGCUGUGGACAUAGAUCUUGCUAUGCAGACAACCAAGUAUUUGUCCAAAGAGACGGAGUACAUCCCGUGGGAGGCAGCACUCUUGAAUGUUGGUUACUUGGACAUUAUGAUGAGCAAAACCCAACACUAUGGAAACUACCAGAAGUACAUGUUGCGCCAGAUUUUACCACUGUACAACAGGGUGGGAUGGGAGGAUACUGAAGGGCACCUUGAACAAUACAAUAAGAUCAAUGCUUUGGGUAGAGCCUGUGCCUAUGGAUACCAACCUUGCCUGGAUAAAGCCACAGAGAUGUUCAACAGUUGGAUGAAUUCAGCAAACCCUGAUGAGGAUAACCCAAUUCCACCAAAUUUGAAGUCUUUGGUCUAUUGCAAUGCCAUUAAGAAAGGUACUUCCCAGCUGUGGGACUGGACAUAUGAAAGAUACAAGAAGGCCAAUGUGGCAUCAGAACAAGUCAAGCUGCUGUAUGGACUGUCUUGUAGUUCUCAGACUUGGAUUCUUAGCAGAUAUCUGGAGUAUGCCAUAACUUCAAGUGAGAUUCGUAAACAAGAUGGCACCUCAGUGAUUGUGUAUGUUGCAAGGAACCAUAUUGGAAGAGGUCUUGCCUGGGACUUUAUUAGGUCUAAAUGGAACUUUUUAAUGAAUGAUUAUGGUGGUGGAAGUUUCUCUUUCUCCAGUAUCAUCAGAGGAGUUACCACUCACUUCAACACACAGUUUGAACUAGAAAAAUUAAAUGAAUUCAUAUCUAGCCGUGACAAUCUGGGAUCAGGUCAGCGUGCCUUUGAACAAGCUGUGGAGAAGACACAGGCAAAUAUCAAGUGGAUGGAGGCCAAUGAACAGAAACUGGGAGAUUGGCUGGCAGCAAAUGUAGACUCUACAGAUUUGGUCACUAAACCAACUGAUGUCCGCCUGCCUGCUGACCUCAUGCCUUCCUAUUAUAAGCUGGAGUUGCGACCUGAUAUAUAUCAAGACGAUCCAAAAGGUUUUAAUUUCAGUGGCAAAGUAGACAUAACCAUGCAUUGUAAUAAUGCCACAAAUGUUAUCAAACUGCACAUCAAAAGUUUGACCAUAGAUGGAGUGGAAUUGGUUGAUAUGAAUGGUUUGCCAGUGCCAUAUACAAAUACUGAAGAGGACAAAUCAAGAGAGUUCUUCAUUGUAAAUCUACCACAGAUGUUGGUUCAGGGAAUGAAUUACACAUUAACAUUAAAUUUCUCAGGACCUCUGAGGGAUGAUCUAGUAGGGCUUUACUGGAGUCAAUAUUUCAGCAGUAUGAAGAAUAAGACUGUCCACAUAGCCACCAGUCAACUAGCUCCAACUGAUGCAAGAAAAGUUUUUCCCUGUUUUGAUGAGCCUGCCAUCAAAGCUGAAUUUGAAGUGAUUUUACUUAGGAAAAGCCACAUGAAAUCACUUUCAAAUAUGCCUCAGCGCUUUAAUCAAUCAAGAGGAGAUGACUGGUAUGCAGAUCACUAUGCUCCAACAGUCAAAAUGUCCACAUAUCUCCUUGCAUUUGUUGUCUGUGAUUUUGACUAUGUUGAAAACACAACGGCUAAUGGAACAAAAGUCAGAGUUUGGGCAAGACCAGAGGCAAUGAACCAGACACUAUAUGCUCUACAGGCAGGAGUCAGAAUACUGGGAUAUUUUGAAAGAUACUAUGCCAUUGAUUAUCCUCUUCCUAAGCAAGACAUGAUAGCUAUCCCAGACUUUGCUGCUGGAGCCAUGGAAAACUGGGGUCUGAUUACUUACAGGGAGACGGCUCUGCUUUAUGACCCUAAAGUGUCGUCUGCUAGUAAUAAACAGAGAGUGGCAGUUGUUGUGUCACAUGAACUGGCCCAUCAGUGGUUUGGCAACCUGGUAACUCCACUGUGGUGGGAUGACAUUUGGCUUAACGAAGGAUUUGCCAGCUAUGUGGAAUACCUGGGAGUGGACUACAUAGAGCCAACAUGGAAAAUGAUGGAACAGUUUUUAGUUGAAGAUCUUGAGUAUGUGUUCAAAUUGGAUGGCCUUGCUAGCUCACACCCCAUCUAUGUUCCUGUGGGACAUCCUGAUGAGAUCAAUGAGAUAUUUGACAGGAUCUCUUAUUCUAAGGGAGCCUCAAUAAUCAGAAUGAUGAGCAGCUUUUUAACAGAGGACACUUUCAAGAAAGGAUUAACUCUUUAUCUCAAUAAGCAUGCCUAUGAUGUCGCCACCCAUGAUGAUCUGUGGAAUGCCCUGAGCACACAAACUGCUUCAGAGGGGAGGGCUAUUGAUGUUAAGAGCAUAAUGGACACUUGGACACUCCAAAUGGGCUACCCUGUUGUCAAGGUGGAUGUCCAGACAAGGAAUGUCACCCAGAUGCACUUCUUACAGGACCCCUCUGCUACACCUGAUCCCAAAUAUGACUCAAGCUUUAAUUACAAGUGGUAUGUUCCUCUGACACUGACUUCUUCACAACACGUAGAUUGGAAUAGCCAAAACAUUAUUUGGAUGAACUUGACUGAUGUUACCCUGACAUCAGCUGAUAUGGGCAGUCCUGAUCCUACCAAUGGUGACUGGGUUAUUGCCAAUCUUCAGCAAUUUGGAUACUAUAGGGUGAACUAUGACCUUCAAAACUGGCAGAAUAUUCUAACGCAGUUGUCUGUUAACCACGCAGUGAUCAAUGUCAAAAAUAGAGCUCAGCUCAUAGAUGAUGCAUUCAGUGUGGCUGGCUCCGGAAUUGACCCUGAUAUAGAUGUGAAGUUUGCAAUGAAAACAACACUCUACCUAGUAAAUGAGACAGAAUACCUUCCUUGGAAUUCAGCCAUCACCAAUUUAGAUAGGGUGGACCUGUUGUUGAGCAGCACUGGUUACUAUGGUUUCUAUCAGAAAUACAUGCUGAAGCAGAUUCUUCCCCUGUAUGAGAUGGUAGGCUGGGAAGACAAUGGUGAUCAAUUAAUGCAGUACAAUCGUAUUAAUGCUCUGAAUAAAGCUUGUUCGUAUGGACAUCAGCCUUGUCUGGACAAUGCUACAACUCUCUUCAAUACUUGGAAAUUAGAAGUAAAUCCUGAUGAAAUUAAUCCAAUCACACCCAAUCUUAAAUCCACUGUGUACUGCAAUGCCAUUGAGAAUGGAGGUCAGGAGGAAUGGGACUGGAUGUAUGAAAGAUACAAGAAGGCCAAUGUGGCCACUGAACGAAGCAAGCUGUUAGUAGGACUGUCGUGUAGUAGAGAACCUUUUAUUUUAAGCAGAUAUUUGAGUUAUUCCUUGAACAGUGCUGAGAUCCGUAGGCAGGAUGGCCCUUCAGUGAUAGGGUACAUAGCAAGGAAUCCUAUAGGUCGUCUGAUGGCCUGGGACUUCAUGCAGUCCCAGUGGGACAAAAUUAUGGAAAUAUAUGGCAAGUCAACCUUCUCCUUUCCUCGCAUUAUAAAGGGUGUCACAAGUACUCUUACUACACCCAUAGAACUUCAACAGGUUGAAGCAUUUGUAAAACGACAGAGCAACCUGGGCACAGGAGAGAGAGCAUUCCAGCAAGGCAUAGAGGAGAUCAAAGCCAAUGUAGCAUGGAUAGAGAAAAAUGCUGAAAAUGUUGGAAACUGGCUUAAAGAAAACACCUCAACUUAAUAUUGAAUGAUUUACACACACAUCUUUGUAAUCUAUGUAAAAUAUAUAGCAUGAAAAACAUAGGAAAUCCUGUGGUGACUUGAUAAAAGGUGAAAAAAAAAUUAAUGGGUUUGAUUUAGUUGUACAUAAAUUUAUUUUUAAAGAUGACUUUUAUACAUGAAUAUCAUCAUGAAAAAACAAUGCAAUAUGGGUAUAUUAACUUGAACAUAAGUGAUUAAUGGUUUUUACUGAUAUUACAUAUUUUAUAUUUACACUAUUCCAAUGAAAAAUACAUAAAUAGGACAUUUAAACCUACACAGACAGUUGAUUUUUGAAAAGAGUUAUGUUCUAUUUCUUAAUGAAAGAUAUUCAUAUAUCAAAGAAUUUUUGAUGUAAAAAUAGUUGUAAUUUAAUCUUUUAGCAAUAAAAAAAUGUAUACUUAUGAAUCAGAAAUAACGAUUUGUCUAAAAUUAGAUUUAUCUGAAAUUGUGUGCUGUGAGAGUAUAGUAAACUGAAAAGGAAAAAAGCCUAAAUUGGUGCUGUUUUAUUAUGUUUGUGCCAUAAAAUCACUGUUAAUUAACAAAUUACAUGUAUAUGAAUAAGAAUAGAUCUUUUAAUUCCUCCCUGAUUUCGCUAUUUAUGUUACUUUUUAUGUGACUUAAUACAGAGAUUAUGUAAGUAAAUAGACACAAAUUACUGUGGCCUCUGUGAAUAAGCAGUGUGGACAUGUAUCUAAAUCCAAGAAGCAAUAAAAAAUUUGCAGUGA